AUGACAGGCCAAAGAGAGGGAGGAGGGAUACAGAUAGAAAGGAGGAGGAGGACCGGGCAAGCCAGCCAAGGCCAACCCCCCCCCGAGGAAGAGCCCACCCGAGUGCAGCAGAGGAGAGGCAAACAAGAGGGUAGUCUACAACCACCCACAGAGAGAGGAGAGUAUUCAGGAGGAAGAGAAGGAGAGGGUACAGGGGUCCCCAGGAGAAAAGGGGAGAGAGGAAGGGAGAGCCUGAAGAGGGAAUGUACAGGGGGAGGCAAGACAAGAAGGAAGCAGCAAGAACGAAACAGACAGAGAGCCCAAAGGGCAGCACACAGGAGAGCAGAGGUCAGGGGCAUCGACCAUAGUCCAGACAGGAGCUGGCACACGGCAGAGUGGGGCAACAUUGUGUGA